AUACAUUGAAUAAAACUCUUGGUGAGUUCAAUGUCACUCAGGACACAUGUUUGCAGUGUGAUGACUUUCGUCAAGACUUCACUGUGCGCCUUAUUGUAUCUUGUGCUAGUCCAGAGUUAGCAAAUGCACUGCCAAACAAUUUAUCGUCAUCAAACAACAGUCUACCUAUACAACAACAGCAGCUCGAUAGUGAUGAUCAGUUUGAACAAUGGCGUAUUUUAGGCAAUGUGGAUUCAGUGCUAACAAGUGUCAAAGGCAGUAAUAGCAAUAAUUCAGCAGCAUCAUCGUCCAUACCUGAAGAAAUUAUGAUAAUGAAUGGAAAUGUAGCUAAGCACGAAG